UAAAUUACGGAUAAUGUGAAUUCGAUUGAAAGUAUAUAAGCCUUAGGCCUUGUUUCAUUGAGCAACAGUUUGCUUUUACAGACUUUUUCAGAAUGUUCAAAUACCUGGCCUUCAUCCUGCUGGUUGCCGCUUGCACCGCCACCGACGACGAUGCGCAUGCCCAUGUUGAAAAGCAGUACAAGAAGGAGGACGGACAUGGAAAGUUCUCCUACGGCUAUGACAUAACCAAUGGCAUUGGUGCCGGAGAAGCUGGGGACGAGCAUCAGGUCCAUGGUGAAUAUCACUUCACCUCAAAGGAAGGACUGCCCGUAAAGGUGUCCUACACGGCCGAUGAGAAUGGCUAUCAUCCGCACGGUGAUCUCCUGCCCACGCCACCACCCACUCCAGAGGCAAUUCUCAGGGCCUUGGCCUACAUCGAUGCGCAUCCGCACAAGGAAGAGCCUCGUCCUGCCCAUCCUCAUGCCCAGCCACGGUUGGUUCAUUCCCAGCCAGCUCAUCCUCAUCCAACCAAUCCACAUGGCCCUCGUCACCACUGAGCAUUCCAGAGUGCCGUUCUUGUGCAAUUGCGUUCUGCUUUCCGCGGAAUCUCCUCUCCGUAGGCGUGUUCAAAUAUUAAAAGUUUACAACGCAAAA